AAGUUCCAGAGACAGCUGACUGCAAGUAGAGAGAGAGAGGAGAGAGAGAGAGAAUGGAACCUCAAGACAUCGAGGACGUGAAGCUCUGCAUCAGCGCGUGCAAGUUGAACCCUGCGAUCCUCCACGACCCUUCUCUGGGUUUCUUCAGGGCCUAUCUCCAAAGCUUAGGUGCCCGAGUUCCUCCCCGCUCGACAUCGGCUAAAGGAGGCGGUGGCAUGUCAGGAGCUGGGCAUGACGAUGAUAGUGAUAUAGUUGAAUCUGACGUUGAGUUGGAUGAAUCUGAUGUGGUGGUUCCUGAUGAUGAUCCUCCGCAAAGGAUGGGAGAUCCUUCUGCAGAGAUUACAGAAGAAAAACAGGAGGCUGCACAAGUGGCAAAAUCCAAAGCUAUGGAUGCAAUCUCGGAAGGUAAGCUGGAUGAAGCUAUAGAUCGCCUUACUGAGGCAAUCUUGUUGAAUCCAAAUUCAGCAAUAUUAUAUGCAGCUCGAGCUAACGCCUUCAUUAAGCUGAAGAAGCCGAAUGCUGCAAUUUGUGAUGCCGAGGCAGCCUUUCAGAUUAAUCCCGAUUCAGCGAAAGCAUUUAAAGCACGAGGAAUGGCAAAAGCAAUGCUGGGACGGUGGGAUGAAGCAGCGAGUGAUCUCCAAGCAGCUUCCAAGUUAGAUCACGAUGAGGAAAUCAGUGCGGUGCUCAAAAAGGUAGAAGCUAACAGACAGAGAAUACAAGAGCACCGAAGACGCUAUGAAGACUUGCGUAAAAGGAAGCAGCAGAUGAAGGCUGAAAAGGAAAAGCAACAAGCUGCAGAAGAAGCUUUGUCUGUUCUCAAGGAUGGGCAAGUUAUUGGAAUUCACUCUCUCAGCGAAGUGGACACUAAAUUGAAUGCCGCUUCAAGAGCAUCUCGACUGGCAAUCCUUUACUUCACCGCCACUUGGUGUGGGCCUUGCCGCUUCAUUUCUCCCCUUUUCACGAGCUUAGCGGCAAAAUACCUGAAAGUUGUGUUCCUGAAAGUUCAUAUAGAUGAAGCGAGGGACGUGGCUGCUCGCUGGAACAUUAGCAGUGUCCCAACUUUCUUCUUCGUACGAGAUGGCAAAGAAGUUGACAAGUUAGUUGGUGCUGAUAAGGGUGCCUUAGAAAUAAAAAUAGCGGAACAUGCACGCUAGCUAUGGACUUAAAGAGUUGGGAAUGGGGCAUCUUCUCCCUGCUUUCGCCUACAAUUCUUAAUGUAACAUUAGCGUUUGUUUCUGAGAAAGACACUAAAGAUUGCAUUUCAACUUUUAGCAGGGCAUGCUUUGACCGCACAGCUAUAAUAUGCAAUGUAGAGUGGACAUAAAUGAAUCAAAUUUCAUGAUUUGGCUGGAUCAAAA